UUCGGCCCUCACAAAGAAAACAUUUCAUUUGCGGUAAUCCCAAUCAACGUCACGAUCAGAAUGCUGAGCGGCACUUCCACGGCGCCACUGAAGAUCCAACGGUUAUAAUAGUCUGUCUCGUAUUUGCCUCCGAGUCCGAGAGACAGCUUCCAACAGCUUUCCUCCCUCUACUGAAGGAGUACUUUUUCGUUCCUCGCCGUCUAGACUCUUCCCUAGCGCGGAUUUCUCCUCUCUGUAUUCCAUUUUCCUACCCAACGUGACUUCGAGGAAAAGAGACGCUUUGCAACCUUGUGAGCUCCGGUAUUUCUGAUUUCAAUUUCUAGUUUUCAUGAGAAAUUACUGGAGGGAGAUUGCUCAAGGUGAAAACUUGUAGAUUGAGGGUCUUCUUAAAGGCAGGGAAGGAUACCUUCAUCGGCUUCCAAUCCGGAUAGAAGUUUGGUCAACAUGUCCAUGGGGUCUUUUGUUUCACCUGAAUUCCAUGAUUCGGUACUUUCGAAGGUUUCUGAGUGGAAUCCCUUUGGAAAACUCCCAUCUUUUCAAGAGACACAAAGAUCUGCAGAAGUUUCUGAAACACAACAAAAAUUGAGCGAACUCCAAGAGGAGCUCAGGAGGACAACGGAGGAGAGAUCCCUUGAUCUUGAGGAGUUUGCUAAAUUGAAAAAUAAAAAUGGAAAAUCCAUGCAGAGCAUGGAUAAGAUUCGGUUCAUAGAAUUACAAGCUGAAAAAGCAAUGGCAUCAGAAAAAAAAAUGCUCGAGUCCAUGGUUCAUCAGACCAGACAGCUUGAGCAAACCAAGAUUUCACUUGAAGAGGCUAAGUUAGAGGUAAGGAAUCUUCAAGAGAACAUUAAAAUGCUGGAGAAUUCAACUGGCAUAAGCCGUCGAAGUUCAGAUAACAGGGAAUCAUUAGAACCUGUUGGUACCCAUGAGGAGAUAAGGCAGCUUAGAAAUGAUCUUAGGUUGGCACUGGAGGCAGAAGAGAAAAGCAGGAAAGCCAUGGAUGAUUUUGCCGUUGCACUCAAGGAAGUAACUACCGAAGCCAACCAAACAAAUGCUGAGCUUGCCAUAAUCCAAUCUGAGUUAGAGAAAAAAAGAGAAGAAGCUAGAUGUGAUAAUUCUUUGCUAAAAAGCACCGAGCAAAAGCUACUGGAGGCCUUGGAUGUGUACAACAGAUUGAAGUUGGAAUAUGAGGAAUAUGUUGCUGCUUGGAUGGAGAAAGAGGAAAACUUGGUAAAUUGCGUAAGGAUUUCUGAAGAACAUCUCGCUAAGGAGAAGCAGGAGAACAUUCGGAUGAAUAAUGCCUGGAAAACUGCGAGGGAAGAGAAUGCUAAGCUCCGAGAAAUAAUCAAACAGGCGUUUAGUGAGGCUACCACGGUAAAGGAAGAACUGGAGAAUGCUCGAAAUGAGAAUUCUAAGCUAAAGAAUCAGCUUUUUGAGAAGGAAAGUGUAUUGCAGCAAACAAGGCAAGAUUACGAUAGCCUAAAAGUUAGUGAAGCUGCUGCUCUUGAUCGUGUGAGGGAGAUGAAAAGUUUACUUGCAUCUUCUUCAGCUGCAGAUUCAAAUAAGACCUCAAAGUUCUCAGAGAUUAGGUCACUUCAACUUUCAAAAUCAACAAUUCAUGGUGCAAAGACGAAUAAGUGUUUGAGAAUUUUCCCUUCUGAGAAGUGGAAAACUGGUUACUAUUCAGUUAGCGGCAGCCGCAGGCUUGCCAUUGGGGAGUCAGGGAGGUUGAAGGGAUAUAGUUUUGCUAAGGAGGGAUCGCGAACUUCCUGUAGCAGUGUCUCUGAUAUUCAACACCCUUGUUCCAAAGUUGAUAGUGGAAACAUAAACUUAGAAGCUGAUGAUUUAGACGGUGGGAAAAAGAGAAGUAAGAAAAAGAUGACAGUUUUGGACAGACUUACAGGUUCAUUGAGGAGGAGAAGCACUGGGAAUUAGUCAUACACUCAAGCAUUUCGAUGUGAAUGAAAUUUGAUUGAAAUUGUAUGUUUACCUUUACUUCUGUUGAUCAUUAUUAUUUCUUUGUUUUUUUCUGUGUUCUUAAUUUACAGAGUAAACCAAAGAUAUGC